CACAGGUCGUUCGCUGCUCUUGUGUUUGUCUGAAUCUGUCAUCAUGUGGACGAUCCUGAUGAAGUUAGACCUGACCUCUGUAUGCCUGGCUCUGUUUCUGGGUUUGAUCUUUAUGGUUCUGUUUGAGAUCUUCAGGAUUAAUUCAUGCAGAGGUCAAAUUCCACCUGGUCCCAAACCUCUGCCUUUUUUGGGAGUGCUACCACAGCUUAUAAAGAAGCCAAUGGAGUUCAUAAGAUCUGUGUCACAAUAUGGAGAGAUCUCAACUAUGUAUAUCGGAAGAAAGCCAACAAUAGUCCUAAAUACAAUUCAGGUCACUAAGGAAGCAUUGGUUCAGGAAGCUUUUUCUGGAAGACCAUCUAUGCCUCUUAUAGAAUGGAUAACUAACGGACUCGGUAUUAUAAUGGUCACGUUUGGUCACUCCUGGAGGCAGCAGAGACGCUUUGCUCUGCACACGCUCAGGAAUUUUGGCCUGGGGAAGAAAUCAGUAGAAGAUCGUGUGUUAGAGGAAAGCCGGUAUCUCAUUGCUGAAAUGCUCAAAGCAGAAGGCAAGUCUAUGAACCCCCAACAUGCCAUACAGAAUGCGGUUUCUAACAUCAUCUGUUCCAUCAUGUUUGGAGAGCGCUUCGACUACGAUAACAAACGCUUCUCAUACCUUCUGAAAAUCCUGAAUGAAAACUUCAUGCUUGCAGGGUCAGCUGCGGGACAGAUUUUCAACUUAGCCCCCUUCAUCAAGCAUUUCCCUGGGCCACACCAGAAGGUCAUGCGGAACGCCACUGAGUUAUUGGGUUUCAUCCGGGAUGAAGUAAAAGAACACAAGGAAACUCUGGAUCCAGACAACCCUCGAGACUUCAUUGAUGCCUACCUGCUGGAGAUCGAGAAACAAAAGUCCAACGAGGGUUCCACGUUUCAUGAGGAGAACAUGGUUAUGUCAACAGCUGACCUGUUUCUGGCUGGAACCGACACCACAUCGACCACCAUCAGAUGGGGUCUCAUCUUCUUGAUUCAAAACCCAGAUGCACAAGAGCGAUGUCAUGAGGAGAUUGUUCGAGUGCUGGGUUACGACCGUUUGCCCAGCAUGGAUGACCGUGACAAACUACCGUACACAUACGCCACUGUUCAUGAGAUUCAACGCUAUGCCAACAUUGUACCUCUUGGAGUGAUUCAUGAAACUAUUCGCCCCACAAAACUACGAGGAUACGACAUUCCCCAGGGAACUAUGAUCACGACAAACUUAGCGGCCAUUUUCAGUGAUAAGGAGCACUGGAAGCAUCCAGACGCCUUUAACCCGGAGAAUUUCUUGGAUGAAAAUGGGAACUUCUUCAAACCAGAGUCUUUCAUCGCCUUUUCACUGGGUCCGAGGGUCUGUCUCGGGAAGACCCUGGCGAGGACGGAGCUCUUCUUGUACAUCACGUCUCUCCUACAGCAGAUUCAAUUCUCCUGGCCGCCCGAGCCACAGUCCAUAGACAUGGAUGGGAUCAUGGGUAUCGUCCGCUAUCCUCAGAACUUCAACAUCAUCUGCCGCAGCAGAGAUACUAAAGAGUGACCAUCAGUAACUCCAAACACAACAUACAGACAUCAUUAUUCAUCAUACUUACUGAAGAACAACAAAGCUGCUGAGACACACAAGAGCAUCUUGGCUCAUCUAAAUCAUUGUGUAUAUCAGUUAUUUUAUAGAUUAACUGUUUUCAGGUAAUUCUGAUUACAGGAACAAAAAUAAUUUAUUUUCAGUUGUUACAGCAUCAGAUGACACUGAUGCAUCUUAAUAGUUAUGAACAUUUAUUUUAGC